AUGAAUUUACGAAAUGUAAGACUCAAGAGCCUUCUCCGACGGAGAUCAAUUUACGCAUCCAAACGGUACUCUUCUACAAACGUUGAAGAAACCAGUAUGAAACAUUUGUGUAAACAUUUAAGUUUAUCAGAAAGCAACGUACAAUACAUCUGUUUAAAAUAUCCUGUGUUACGGAAUAUAAAUGAAGCCAAAGUACAAGAUUUAGUGAAUACUGUUCGAGAACUCGGAUUUGAUAAAAAUGUACUUAUUGAAGAGCCUUCACUGUUUAGUAUUUUACCUCAAACAUUACGCCUUAGAUACCAAGUUCUAGACGAAUGUGGAAUACAAACAAUUAAUAAAUCACACCUACUUUCAUAUUUAACUUUAGUCAAACAUAAAACAGUAUAUGAAUUAAAAAAAUCAAAUGACAUCCCGUUUCAUAUUAAUGUUGAGAAUAGACUUGCUGGUUAUAUGACACAGUGGCCUACAUCACUAACUACGUUAAUUUUAGGAGAUGUUAAUAACUAUAACCUGUAUGAUUUACGUCUUAAAAUAUUACAGAGGUAUUUAGAGUUAGUUCUGGAUUUGACAAACAAUGAAUUUGAUAGAGGAUUACAAACAUACCCAACAAUUCGACACAGACCAUUGAAAUUUAUAAAUAAAACUUUAUCAAUACUAAAAUCAGAAAUUAUGAUGCCAAUUAAAAAAAUUAAAAGCAACUUAUAUUUAAUACAUGUUGACCCUGAAAACCUGAAGGACAUUAUGUAUAAUCUACAAUCCUUGGGAGGUUUAGAUAUAAAAGAGGUUAUAAGAAGUCAUCCGAAGUUGGCCACUAAGAGAUGUUCUACAAUGAUGGAAAUGAAAAAAUUAUUAAAUGAAUAUGGAAUUGAUAACGAAGCACAAAGAAGAUGCUUUGAUAUAUAUACAUUAGCACCGAGUACUGUGAGAGAAAGGUUAGAGAAUGCCAAAAGUAUACCAGAAUUUAACACCUUUCAGAAUCACCCUAGAUUUUUGAAAAUGAUUCAUUACAAUAAAACAGCUUUAAAUAGACUUCGUAAAUCAUUUGAAAAUAAUAAGAAAUGUCUAAGUCUGAACAUUUUAUCAGGAAGCUCCGCACAUUAUGAAGUUUUUGAGAAAUCUCCAGGUGACCGUUUGGGUAAAGGUAAAGACCUUUUAUUCUGUGUAUCACAAUCACUUGGUAAAAACUAUGGAAUGAAUGAGAUCCGUAGAAUUUUAAAGAGACAUCCAUUUUGGAUAAACGUUCCAUUAGUACAAGUGCAAUAUGUCUGUGAAAAGUUAUCAAAAGAAUUUAGCCACGAGGAUAUUUAUUUUAAUUGCCCUAUUAUUCUGUAUCCAUGGGAUAAAAUAAGAGAUGCAUUAAAGUCUUUGAAAACGGCAGUGCAUUCAAAUUUGGACCAUCUAGAUUUUAAUAGAUUAGGAAAUCGUCAAAAGUUAAGUCUUGUACUUUAUGCUUUAGAGAAGAAACACUAUUUUUCUGGAAAUGGCGUAUGGGCUGAAGACAAAACCAGGAACAUAAUUUGUCCAUUAAAUAAAGAAAAUAUAAAACAAUCUGUCCCUAUUUAGCAGAGCUGGCGUUAAUGAUUAAUUAAUUGGCAAUGAGAAGACUUUUUUUUUUUUUCGGGUAGAGGGCCGAACCUCCUACGAGGUCCCCGCGCAAAAGGGGCGCGCGGGAUAUGUGAGACUCAACGAUCUGCAUGGUGUUGAAUGAAAUGAAAAUUUAUGUAAAAAAGAAAUCAAAAAUCAUUACAAUAAAUUAAAAUGAAAAAAUCAUUAAACAAGUACGGAACAAA